CGCCAGUUAGCAGUUUCUUGCAUAACAUAACCUCACUGAGAAUCUCAGCUGUCCUGUCACAAUAACAAUACUUACAUAAUUUGAGCCCCCAAAAAUGGCUCAACCGAAGGCUGCGGCCCAAACGUACAGUUACUUUGACACUCCGGAUGGCGAGGAAACUGGGAAGAAGUUGCUGUGUGUACUGAGAACGGCUGUGCCGGCGUCGAUUUCCGUUGCCUUGGGUAAUGUGAUGUUGUACAGCCACCCGAAAGGCAUCGUAAACACGGGGUUAAAAAUGGCAUCGAUAACCCUGCCCAUGGUGGGGAUCGCCAGCACUUUUGUGCUCGCCACAAAUGGCCUGGCCAGUAUUAGAAAGAAAGAUGAUCACCUCAAUUGGUUCCUUGGAGGUUUCCUAGCGGGAAGCUGCACGGGGCUGUGGAGGAGGAACCGAAUGUUUGGCUUCAACAUGGGGAUGCUGGGAGGCAUCCUGGCGGCCGUGAGAAAGGAACUGCUAGUACAAGGCUGGGAUAUUGUGCCCCAAGACUAUCAAUUUCAUCCUGGCGGUCCCACCUUCUGUUUGAUGGACUAUUCGCUUACAAAGGAGCGGCCCAAAAAUUGGACUACCGGACCAUCGCCUUAGGGAGUAUUGUCGUGUAGUUCCAACAUGGUAAUUUACGCAAAUUAGACAACUGUGGAGUUGAGUUGUUUGUUUAUUAAAAAUACAUUCGGUUUCUAGACGUUCGCUUA